AGCUACAACCAGUCAGAUUAGAUAACACAGUGUUCGAUGGUCCCAUAGUGUGACCCCUCCUUCUACCCUCCCUAUAGAUUGGGUCAUCAGGGUAAUUCCUCUGUGCAUUGCAAGUGCUGGUCAUCAAGGAGAGCCAAAGGCCCAUCUAGUGGCCAAUCACAUGCUUCUGGGAAUCCUACAAUGAAAGCAUGAGGGCAAUAGCCCUUUCCUGUUGCAGUGUUGCAGCAAGGGCUAAAAUCCAGGCUGUGUCCCCAAUGCAAACCUAAUGGUAUUCCUAAACCGGUGACGGACUGGUUAAAAGCAGUCUGUCCGUAAACUGCUGGACAAGCGUCAAGGCGGUUGCUGCUGUAUUGCUACAUUAGCAGCAGGCGGGGAAAUGCAAAGAGCAGAACUUGCCUGAGGUGGCUGGGCAGACCUUUGCCUCCCCAGACGUUCACCAGCAAGCAUGAGGAUGAACAAAGGAUCAGUGUUGGCGUUGACUCUCAUUUGGCUGUUGGCAGCGAGGUCUCAGCCCCUUGAAGCGGGGGCCACCAACGAACAGGCCAGCCCCGAAAAGCAGAAGUGUCCCAGCCUAUGUGGCUGCAGUUACGAUGAACGCAAUGAUGAGCUGAGUGUCUACUGCAGCUUGCGAAACCUCACCAGCCUUCCCGAAGACGUGCCCAGGGCCGUGAGGAUGUUGUGGCUGGAGGGAAACAAUUUCACUUCUUUGCCAGCUCUUGCUUUCAGGAACCUCUCCAGCCUGGAAUUUCUCAACCUUCAGGGCAGCCACCUGUCAAGCAUCGAACAACACGCCUUCCACGGCUUGGAGGAACUCUACUCCUUGCUCCUCCAGCACAACCGGCUGAAGUCGUUGGCGCCCAACAUCUUCCUCCAUCUGCAGAACCUGGUUUCCCUACAUCUCAACAACAACCAGUUUAGCAAGAUUGAGGAAGGUGUGUUUGCUGGGCUCUCCAAUCUCUGGUACUUGAACCUCGGAUGGAACUCCUUGGUGGUCCUGCCGGACAAAGUGUUUCACGAUUUACCCAACCUGCGGGAGCUGAUCCUGGCUGGGAACAAGCUCCACUAUCUCCAGCACCAGCUUUUCUACAGCCUCAGUGAGUUGAAAGAGCUGGACCUGAGUGGGAAUUCCCUGAAGGGCAUCAAGGGCAACAUCUUCAUGAAGCUGCAGAAGCUGCAGAAGCUUUACCUCAGUCAGAACCAAAUCAACGCCAUCGCCCCACGGGCUUUCAUGGGCAUGAAGUCUCUGCGAUGGUUGGACCUGUCCCACAACCGCCUCACCAUGCUUUUUGAAGACACGUUUGCGGGCCUUUCGAGCCUGCAUGUGUUGCGCCUCUCCAACAAUUCCAUUGCCAGUCUGAGGCCAAGGACCUUCAAAGACCUCCAGUACUUGGAGGAGCUGCAGCUGGGGAACAACAAACUCAGAAGCCUGCCGGAAAGGGCCUUCGACAAGCUGAGUCAACUGGAGGUUCUCACGCUCAACAACAACCAUAUCCAAGAAAUCAGGGCUGGGGCUUUCCUUGGUCUUUCCAACAUGGCAGUGAUGAACCUCUCUGGGAACUGCCUUAAGACCCUCCCAGAUUUUACCUUCAGGGGACUCAGCCAGCUGAACAGCCUCCACCUGGAAAACAGUUGCCUCAGCAGGAUAAGGCCACAGAUGUUCUCCGACCUUUCCAGCCUCCGGAGGCUCUUCUUAAGACACAACGCCAUCUCAGAAAUGGAGGACCACAGCCUGAGCGAUUUGCACGAACUCCUUGAUCUGGACCUCAGGCACAACCAGCUGAGCAGCCUCUCCCCAAACCAGUUUGCAGGCCUACGGAACUUAGAAUACCUCCUCCUGUCCUCCAACCAGCUGCUAGACAUCUCUCCUGAAGCCUUCACCCCACUUCUGCGCCUCUCCUGGCUCGACCUCUCCAGCAACUCUUUGGAGGCCUUGGAAGGUGACAUCUUCCGCUCCUUCCCCAGGCUGGGAUAUCUGAAUAUCGGGAACAAUUCACUCAGAACCUUCUCGGUGGAUUGGCUGAGCCCUUCGCUCGUCCAACUGUGGCUGGAAGGAAACAAGUGGCAAUGCAACUGCUCCCUGAAAGGACUUAGAAACUUUGCCAUGCAGCACCCCAGUGUUGUCUUGCGGUACACACAGUCCAUCACAGAAGGAGAUGCUCCUGUAUAUACUUACAACAACAUCACUUGCCUUAGCCCCGGGGAGGUAGCAGGACUUGAUCUCCGGGACAUCCAAGACACCCAUUUUGCUGAUUGCUAAAUACUGGUACUUUUUAUUUGGUUUCCCCUGCUCCCCCCCCAAAAAAACACUUUCUGUAUAGCUGGUGUCAGCAUGCUCUCCUGGACCCCAUGAUUUGACUUAAUGCAUCUCUUGCAGGGGUGGCCCACAGCCUGAUUUUAUAUGGCCCUUGGGCCUUUGCAAGCAAUCAGUUAAGACUCCUGGCAAGAGAGGACCGUCCUUCCACUGGUGGGAAGAGAAGGGAGGGAGGUGACAGAAAGAAAGAAAAGAGGGUGGCCCCAUUUUAACCUUUUCCUUUCUCCACUACCAGCUUUGGUCCCCCUCAUAGCAGCCCCUGACAGAUUGCCCCAAGGGAAGGCGGCCCUCAACAGAAAAAGGUUGCUCAAUGCUCAUCCCUGAUCUAUUGGGAAAGGGGGACGGGACGGUCCCACCUCUGUGCCUUUCAACACCCCCUUUCCCCUUACUUUCUGGACGUGCUAUCCCCUGGAAGGGGCAGCCUGUGUGAUGGGUGGUAAAAUUUUCAUAAGGUUUGCAUUUCAGCAGGCAGUCCCAGGGGUAUGUGUGUUUCCUCCCCCAACACUGUUAGGACAUUUAUCCUCCUCUGGCACCUUCAAGGACUGCACUCCUGACCCCAAGAGCCUGACGCAAUGUACUUGACAUGCUCAAUUCCAAGUCGAGCAACCAAACGGGCUCGGCAGGCGCAGGAAACGCCACGAUGUGGCUUUGUUCCGGAGGUCCGUUCUUAACCCAUAACCGUUCUUAACCUGAGGUGCGCUUUCGCUAAUGGGGCCUCCCGCCGCCGCCGCACAACUUCUGCUCGCAUCCCGGGCAAAGUUCACUACCAGGAGCAUCUACUUCUGGGUUAGCCGAAGCGUUCGUAAGGAGGACGGUACGUAAUCUGAGGUUCCACUGUAUACUCAUCAGGCUUGGCACAGGCAGGUGGCACCCUUGGGCAAUUGCCAGGGCCCUGAGGUCUUGACAGGAUAUUUCCUGCCCUGGGUCCCUAAUAAUGAUAGUAAUCACUGUGGAGUCUCCAGUGUUCAGAUCUUGGAGCCUGCAAUGUAGUACUGCUUUGGGGUAUCCUGUGGAAUUGAAAUGGUGCCUCUCAGACCCGCACAGGGUGCCACCUGGUGCUGAUCCAAGCAUGAUUGCAGCCUGCUGCUGUUUUCGCUGGCAGGUAAGCAUGUCAGAGGGAGGCUCCGAUACAUAUAGAAAUGUAGGAAGCUGCCUUAACCUGAACCCAGACCAUUAGUCCAUCUAGCUCAGUAUUGUCCACACUGACUGGCAACAGCUCUCCAGAGAGUUCUAGGCCAGGGGCCUGGAGAUGCCAGGGGCUGGACCCGAGACCUUCUGCAUGCAUAGCAGAUGCUCUGUGACUGUGCUAGGAUGGAUAUGGUGUCAAAAUCCGCAUGGGAGCUUUUCGGCAGCUUUUCCCAUGGAUGCCAGACACUUAUAAACCGCAACAGGUUAAUAAACUUUCAGAACUAAGACAAAGCCUUUUGGUUUUUCUGAAGAUGUUUCGUCUAAAUAGGAACCAUGAGAUCUGAGCUAUGGCUGUAAUAUAGGUAAGUAGAUAAAACGAGCUGCUUCAAAACUUCUUGUGCUUGAAGAAAAUAAAUCAAUGAGUAACACCAUCAACAUAAAUACUGUAUUGUAAAAAUGCAGAGACCAAUCGCAAUUCAUUUCUCCAUCUCACCCAGGCAGAAUCUCUGGAGAGAAAGCGAAAGGCACAUGAAGGAUUGUCACAUUAUGUUCAGACAUCUCAUUCAAUUGGUGUGAAUUCUGUUUAUGCACACACAAUCUGUGUUAUGCUCCACCUCUGCUCUUGGAGGCAGUAUGACUCUGAAGGCCAGUUCUUGGGAAUUGCAAGUGGGAAGAGUGCACUCAGGUCCUGCUUACAGAAUUGUAGAGUUGGAAGGGACCCUGGGGGUCAUCUAGUCCACCCCUCGCAAUCUUUUGCCCAACAUGGUGCUCAAACCCACAACCCUGAGUGCUUGUGGGCUUCCCAGUGGGGGAGCUGGUUGGCCCCUGUAAGAACAGGAUGUUGGACUAGAUGGGCCUUUGGCCUGAUCCAGCAGAGCUCUUAUGUUCUUAAUGGAGCUUGCAGAUAACUUCCUUCUGGAUUUGCACCCAGAGAGGCAUAGAUUCCCCUCCCUUAGAUCAGCCACGUUUUUGCAACAGCCUUUAAACAAGAAAAUUGUGACCUCAAGCAGAUGCUGACCAUGGGACCCUCCUCUCCAGGCAGACAUGCUAUCACCUAAAUUGCACUGGCCAGAUGCAAUAAAACGUUUAGUGCUUGGGAACCAGUCACAGCCAAUCAAAAUUCAGAAGAUUUUUUUUUAUCUCAUUGACCUACAGUUCUAAUCUGUUAGAUUAUGCCAUUCUAGAUAGUCUAAGAAGUGCUGGUUGUGGAAUUCUCCUUUGGGGAAUUGUGGUUAUCAAAAUUGUGCAAUUAUAUUUUAUUUUUUCUGGUUGAGACUGCUGAUUGAUCUUAUUGAUUCAGAGACUGGAAAUAUCUCACGCCUAAUAGUGAACUUGGAUGAUGAAUGUUGACAGAAAUAAAGCUAAAACAGGCCUCACUGAUCCAUGAGUAUCUGCCUACUUGUAGGAGCCCCAAGAUUUGCAAAAGUACAGGGGGGAAAUGCUUAAAAUAUAUACAACCCCAACAAAAAAGAAGAAGAAGCUCAAUCACCAUGGAAUAUUGAAUAUCAGUUGUAAAAUAAAGCCAGGAGAGGAAAAUAACAAUAUCUCAUUGACCUGCAGUUCUAAUCUGUUAUCGAUUAUGUCAUUCGAAAUAGUCCAAGAAGUGCUGGUUGUGGAAUUCUGCCCUGGGGAAUUGUAGUUAUCAAAACUGUGCAAUUAGAUUUUAUUUUUUCUGGUUGAGACUGCUGAUUGAUCUAAAAUAAAGUCAGGAGAGGAAAAUAACAAUAAAGUGGGGAGAGGAAGACUGGACUGCCCUAGCAGGUGGUUGGAAUUUGGAAGCCGGAUGUACUAAAGGGAACAAGUGUAGAGAUCCCCAAAGUCGGACCUAUACAGAUGCAACAUGUGGGAGGUGAGAAUGGCGCAGAGCAGGUGGAGGGCCCUUGGAGCUUCUUCAUUAGUCCAGCAACCUCAUCUGCUCACCCAUCUACUAAAGCUUGGGUAUAAAAAUCCCUCCUAUUGGAGCAUGGCAUGUGUGCAAGUACACAUGUGGCAUAAAGGAUUGUGCGGUGGCCACCCCCUCGCUACCAGCUCUGGCCAAGCUCACUUGAGCCACACUCCCUGCUGGUGAUCGGUCCCUGGCUGUUUAGCAAC